AUGCCGAGCCGAACCCUUCCCGAAGAACCAAACCAUGUGUCCGGGGAUUUCCAGCUCGCCGACAAAGCCCUCUUCCAAGAGAUUCACCGACUAAACCCUCAAGCAGUCGUCCUGAGGUCCAUCCCAAAGAUGGACGACGGGGACACCGACUCCGCCUCAGAGGACGAACAGUCCUACACAUUUUUGAGGAAAGUCAGGAGGACAAGAUCAACGAGGAUGUCGCUCCCGCAAGACAUGUUUGUUCCCAUGAGAGAAAUUGAGAGGAUAGAAAAGAGCACGAGACGGCAGGCGACAACACUUAUGUGGCGGGAGGUUCGCUACGGCAGAAUAACUGCUUCCAUCAUCAACAAGGUGCGCACAAUGCGAGACACUACAUCCCCAAAGGCCAUCCUCGACCUCGUUCUACUAAGAACCCCGCCAUUGACCACCGAGGCCAUCCGCUGGGGUGUCGAGAAGGAGCCCGAAGCCAAGGAGGCAUAUCAGAAGUUCAUGGAGACUUGCCACAGCAACUUCAGGCUCUGCAGUGUUGGGUUCGUGAUCGAUAAGAAGGUUGUACCCGCUGCCAUUAUUCUUCUCUUCGUGUUUGAAUGUCCUCACAAGGAGUUGUAA